AUGGCAGCCCUUCAGCAAUAUGACUGGAUCCUAGCCAUCACAACGAUAGCCUUCUGUGGUUCCUCCUUCGGAAAUGGCGCAAACGACGUUGCAAACGCCUACGCCACCUCGGUCGCAGCGCGUUCCCUAACCAUGGUCCAAGUCGGUUUCCUCUCCAUAGUAACCGAAUUCGUCGGCGCCGUCGCCCUGGGAUCUCGCGUCACAGGCACCAUCAAGAACGACAUUAUCGACCUGAACCGCUUUACGGCUAGUCCUGGUGUUCUCAUGCUCGUCAUGGGAUGCACAGAGGUUGGAAGUGCGACUUGGUUGCUUGUUGCUACCAAGGCGGGCUUUCCUGUCUCUACUACGCAGACUGUUGUCGGUGCGCUUGUCGGUGCGGGUAUUGCGUCACAGGCUAGUGUUAGUUGGAGUUGGACGGAUGGAAGUGUUUCGCAGGUUGCUGCCUCUUGGGGUAUUGCGCCACUUAUCUCUGCUGCGUUCUCUGCGAUCCUUUUCGGAACACUGAAGUUCUGUAUUUUGGAGCGCCAAAACUCUUUUGAGAAGGCGUUGAGGGCCAUUCCUGUAUACCUCGCUUUCACUGGUGCUAUCCUCGCGCUGUUCAUCACCAUUGAGGCACCUACUGCUCCUUCUCUGGAGGAACUUGGCGCUGGUACAGCCGUCGGCAUUGUUCUCGGCGCUUUCUUCGGUACGCUUCUUCUGGCGUACGUCUUCUUCGUUCCUUACUUCCAUCGCGUCGUCGUCAAGAGUGAUCCCCGAGUGAGACCCUGGCACAUUCCCCUCGGACCUCUUCUAUACCGCGAGAACCCCCCUCUGUACUUCCCUGGCAAGGGCGAUUCAAUUGUCCUCGACUACUACGCAUCUGCCCACGGCGGCGCUGAUACCCCCGAGGAUGAGACACUCGCCAAGCCGCACAAGGAAAAGGCGCAGUCUCCCGGUUCAGACGAGCAUAAUCGUGCAACUGGUUCUGAGAACGGUACUCAAACCGACACUGCCACUGCUACUGGAAACCAGAACCUUACUGGCCUUGAAGAACUUGAACGCGGUGAGAACGCUGGUCUUCGUCGUCGCAAGCGAGUUCGUCACGUCGAGCCUGAAGAGCGCUGGUUAGUGCCCGUUCAGCACCUCCCCAUGUACCAUCCCCGUCGCGUCACCAACUCUCUCAAGUACUUUUUCCUCCAAGGUGUCUCUCGCGACUGCGUCACCCACGCUUCUCAAGCCCUCGCAGAUGUCCACAUGAAGGCCAAGCGCUACGACAACCGAAUUGAACAUCUCUGGACAUACGCCCAAGUCGCUUCCGCGAUGAUGAUGUCCAUCGCCCACGGUUCCAACGACGUAGCCAACGCCGUAGGACCCUGGGUUGCAGUCUACCAGACCUUCCGCACAGGCGUUGUAUCCGAAGAUUCCGACACACCAAUCUGGAUCCUCAUUAUCGCCGGUUUCUUGCUAGGUGCGGGUUUCUGGUUCAUGGGUCAUCACAUCAUCAAGGCGCUCGGUAACAAGAUCACUCAAUUGUCGCCCACACGUGGCUACGCUAUGGAACUUGGUGCUGCGAUUACUGUAUUGCUGGCUAGUCGCUUGGGAUUGCCAGUUUCUACGACGCAGUGUCUUACUGGUGCUGUUGUUGGCGUUGCGCUUAUGAAUGGUGAUCUUGGGGCUGUUAACUGGAAGCAGCUUGGUUGGAUCUUUGGAGGUUGGGUUUUGACUCUUCCUUGUGCUGGACUUAUUUCUGGACUUUUGACGCUCAUGGCGCUGAAUGCUCCUCAAUUCUAG